CCUCAACCCCUCUUUCUUCUUCAUUCAUUCCAAAACUCACAUUCUCAUUUCCAAACCCAGUAAAGCUUCUUCAAACAAAGAAAACCACUUUCAAAAGGCACAAUUCUUACUUUCUCAAAACCCAAACCAAACCAAACCGAACCGGAAAAAAAAAACAUCAUUCCGAAUGGAGAACUUGUUUCGCCUAGUAGACAACGAAGACUUGUUCUCUCGCCGUUGCAUUUGGGUGAAUGGCCCUAUAAUCGUAGGGGCAGGACCCUCAGGGCUAGCCACAGCAGCAUGCCUUAGAGAACAAGGGGUACCCUUCAUGGUUCUCGAACGUGCAGAUUGCAUAGCCUCACUGUGGCAAAAAAGAACCUACGACAGGCUCAAACUUCACCUUCCAAAACAAUUCUGCCAGCUCCCGAAACUACCCUUCCCUGAAGACUUCCCCGAAUACCCCACAAAGAAACAGUUCAUAGAGUACUUAGAAUCCUACGCUAAGCACUUCGAGAUCAACCCUCAGUUCAACGAGUGUGUGCAGUCCGCGAGGUACGACGAGACAAGCGGCUUGUGGAGGGUUAAGACCGUUUCAUCCUCGAGUGGCGCGGCUCGCGGCGAGGUUGAGUACAUUUGCAGGUGGCUCGUGGUGGCCACCGGGGAGAAUGCCGAGUGUGUUAUGCCUGAGAUUGAAGGGUUGAGUGAGUUCAAAGGUGAUGUGAUCCAUGCUUGUGAUUACAAGUCAGGGGAGAGAUUCAGGGGAAAGAAGGUUCUUGUUGUUGGAUGUGGCAAUUCCGGCAUGGAACUCUCACUUGACCUUUGCAACCACCAUUCUUCUCCGUCCAUGGUUGUUCGUAGCUCGGUUCACGUGUUGCCUAGAGAAGUGUUUGGAAUAUCAACUUUUGAAUUGGCGGUUAUGUUGCUGCAAUGGCUGCCCCUUUGGCUUGUUGACAAGAUUCUCUUGAUCUUGGCAUGGUUUGUUUUGGGGAACAUUGAGAAGUUGGGGCUCAAAAGGCCUUCAAAGGGUCCUUUGGAGAUGAAGAACAGAAAGGGGAAGACCCCAGUUUUGGAUAUUGGUGCCUUGGAGAGGAUUAGAUCCGGUGACAUAGAAGUGGUGCCAGGAAUCAAGAGGUUCAAUAAUGGUGAAGUUGAGUUUAUUAAUGGUGAAAAGCUUGAUAUUGAUGCAAUAGUGCUUGCAACCGGUUACCGCAGCAAUGUCCCUUCUUGGCUUCAGGAAGGUGAAUUUUUCUCAAAGAAUGGAUACCCAAAGAUGCCAUUCCCUCAUGGUUGGAAGGGAAAUGCUGGACUUUAUGCUGUGGGGUUCACAAAGAGAGGGCUCUCUGGUGCUUCUUCUGAUGCUGUGAAAAUUGCUCAAGAUAUUGGCCAAGUUUGGAAAAAUGAGACUAAGCAAAAGAAACAGCGCACUACUGCUUGUCAUAGACGUUGCAUUUCACAGUUCUAAAUUGUUUCUAAAACAAAAGGACUUGACAUCACAUACAUGACCACUAGCUAGUGCUGCUUUAAUUUAAUUUCUUUAGUCUCAGGAAUUUUGUUUUUGUAUAAACAAAAUAACAAUAUCUUGUAAAAAAAACACACACACCGAAAGAAAAAAAAUAGCACACAGAUAGAGCCCUCUCCGAUGACCAAGGUUUUUAUAUGGUUGGUCGUUUUUUUUUAAGAAAAAAAAAAACGAAGGAUGAUGAGGCUUUUUCCUUACUUUAAUUUCAUUUAAUUUUCCCCCCCUAUGUUCAUGUAACUUACAAAUAAAUAUGUAACAAGUACAGUACGUACUUCAAUGAUCAAGUUCAAUGCAAGAAUUUCAUUUCAACUUUUCAACUUCA